GCCCGGCCCGGCGCGCAGCAUGGCCGCGGAGCUCAGCGCCGAGGAGGAGCAGGCAACCAAGCAGUUCCUGGAGGAGAUCAACAAGUGGACAGGCCAGUACAAUGUGUCCCCUCUCUCCUGGAAUGUGGCUGUCAAGUUCCUCAUGGCCCGCAAGUUCGACGUCCUGCGGGCCAUUGAGCUCUUCCACUCCUACCGGGAGACACGGCUGAAGGAGGGAAUUGUGAAGCUGAAGCCGCACGAGGAGCCGCUGCGCUCAGAGCUGCUCAGCGGGAAGUUCACCAUUCUGAGUGUGAGGGACCCCUCAGGAGCCUCCAUCGCCCUGUUCACAGCCAAGCUGCACCACCCCAGCAAGAGCGUGCAGCACGUGGUGCUCCAGGCACUCUUCUACCUGCUGGACCGAGCUGUGGAGAGCUUUGAGACGCAGAGGAAUGGGCUGGUGUUCAUCUACGACAUGGCAGGGUCACAGUACACCAACUUCGAGCUGGAUCUCAGCAAGAAGAUCCUCAAUCUGCUCAAGGGUGCCUUCCCAGCCCGGCUCAAGAAGGUUUUCAUUGUGGGAGCUCCCAUGUGGUUCCGUGUGCCCUACUCUAUCAUCAGCCUGCUGCUGAAGGAGAAGCUGCGGGAGCGGGUGCAGAUGGUGAAGAUGUCGGAGCUGAAGGAACACCUGCCCCGGGAAUGCCUCCCUGAGUACCUCGGGGGGUCCCUCAAACUGGACCCUCUGAGCUGGAAUUGCCGGUUCCUGCCCCAGCAGAACGGGCACCCCGACCCCCUGGACGAGCUCAUCCUGGUGCCGCUGGCGGCCCCCAAAGAUAACGGCUCCGUCCAUGUCCCCGGGCCCAGGUCUGUCACCCUCCAGGAGCUGCUGGAUCACGUCAGCCACAAGCAGAAACGCGGCAUCUACGAGGAGUACGAAGACAUUCGGCGCAGGAGCCCGACCGGCACCUUCGUCUGCUCUUUGGCACCCUACAACCAGGACAAGAACCGGUACGGGGAUGUGCCCUGCCUGGACCAAACCCGUGUCAAGCUGGCGAAGCCAUACAGCCGCCCAGAGCUGACUGACUACAUCAACGCGAGCUUCAUGGAUGGCUACAAGCAGAGGAAUGCUUACAUUGGCACUCAGGGGCCUUUGGAAAAUACCUACGGUGACUUCUGGCGCAUGGUGUGGGAGCAAAACGUCCUGGUGAUCGUGAUGACAACCCGGCUGGAGGAAGGAGGCAGGAGGAAGUGUGGCCAGUACUGGCCCCUGGAAAAGGAUUUCCAGAUGUGCUUUGGGGCCCUGACCAUCACCAACCUGGGCGUAGAGAACCUCAACCAUUACAAGAAAACCAUUCUGGAGAUCCACAGCUCAGAGACCAGGGAGCGGCGGCUGGUGUCCCACUUCCAGUACCUAAGCUGGCCGGAUUAUGGCGUCCCCUCUUCCGCUGCCACUCUCAUUGACUUUUUGGGGGCCGUGAAGCAGCAGCAGAGAGUGGCUGUCAGCGCCCUGGGACCUCGCUUCAAAGGUCACCCCGGGGGACCCCCAGUCGUGGUGCACUGCAGUGCUGGCAUUGGCAGGACAGGUACCUUCUGCGCGCUGGACAUCUGCCUGUCCCAGCUGCAGGACGUGGGCACUCUGAACAUCUACCAGACGGUGCUGCGCAUGCGGACCCAGCGCGCCUUCAGCAUCCAGACCCCCGAGCAGUAUUACUUCUGCUACACCGCCAUCCUCGAGCACGCCCAGCGUGAGGGCCUGCUGCUCGCCAACCACAGCCGGCCCUCCCUGGACAAGAGCUCGCCGGGGCACUGAGACCCUGCAGACGCCGCUGCCCGUCCUCGGGGGCUGCCUGAGCCGCCCCGGUGCCCGCCGGGACUCGGCAGAGCCGUGGGGGCGGCGGUGCCGGAGCACCUCAGCUGUCAGCACUGCUAUGGAACUGUGCCUUAUUCAACUCAAACGGUGGCUGCCGCUUGCCGGCACGGGAAGGGGGCUCUCACUCCUCCCCGUCGUGUUUUGGUUGGGUUUGGUUGGUUGGGGGAGGUGUUUUGUCUUCUCUUCGAGUUGUUGGGUUUUUUUGGUUUUUUGUUGUUGGGACCACCUAAGAUGUACCUAGAGAGGGGCUUUGCGAAGUCCUAGGAAAUGUAUUCCCAGUCUCGGGCUGAGGAAGAGGCGCGUGCUUCAGUCUCAGCUGACGCUCCAUCUGUGUGUCUGUAUGUAUGUGUGUAUAUAAUAUACCCCGCUGUGACCUCCUGGCUAUUAUAUAGAUACAUAUAUACAACCUCCCCUUUAGCAGCUCCUAAGGGUCCCUGCUGUCCUGCCACCUCACUGCUGUGAUCUCUGGAGCGGUGAGUUUGGUCCUGGCUCUGUCUUGUCUUCCCCCUUCUCCUUAUUUCCCCUCGUGGGCAGCGCUGGGACCCGGUAUACCCACCCCUGUGCCCAUCCCACUGGAGGCACAGGGUACUUGAUGGUGUCCCCCCUGUUUGUUUGUCUCAUCUUCCCCAUGGAGAGAUAGCAGCCGUGCUCCUGGGAGGCUCUGGAGGACUGGGUUGUCCGGGGGGUGCUGAGCUCGCAGGCAUCCCCUGGCCCUUGGAAGGGGACGCUGUGGGAGUCACUAGGUACGAGGUGACGGGGCCGUGGGGACCGACCGGCUCUCCAGGUUGCCCGGCUUUCCCAAGCUGCCACUGGGAACCCGCAGGCCCAGCCCUGCGUUGAGUCAUGGGCUGGGAAAGCGCUGAGCAAGAAUAAACCCCAAACCCUGGAGAGGCAACGAGCCUCUGCCCCAGCCCCCACUACUGCCUGGGCCUCCCCAACUUUAUACUGUAAUAAGCUCUUUGAAUGUGUAUAUUCUUAUUUUUUUAUAAUCUGGGGGGAGGGAGGCGCAGGGUUUGGGAGGUUUUGUUUUGUUUUCUUUUGGGGUUUUUUUGUGUUUCUUUUUUUUUGUUAUUGUUUUUUUUUUUUUUUGUAUUUAACAUUAACUUGAUCCAAGCCAGAGCCAGAAGUAUUUGUAAAUGUUCCUAUUUUGCUCUCAGAGAAGCCUUUUUGUUGUCGUUACUUUUUUGGGAGUUGUUUUGUUUUUAUUUGUAUUGAUAUAUAAAUAUACCACCGGUGACCAGUC